CCAGCGGCGGAGCUUGUGGCGUCAAUGCGCCGCUGUGUGUCCAUGGAGAGCGGCUGAGGCAUCUGAGCUGCGGCCCGAGACAUCAGGGCGCCGGGCCGGCCAGGAUGUCGGCUUCGUUAGUCCGGGCCACCGUCCGGGCUGUGAGCAAGAGGAAGCUGCAGGCCACCCGGGCCGCCCUCACCCUGACACCUUCAGCAGUAAACAAGAUAAAACAACUUCUUAAAGAUAAGCCUGAACAUGUAGGCUUGAAAGUUGGUGUCCGAACCAGGGGUUGCAAUGGCCUUUCUUAUACUCUAGAAUAUACAAAAACAAAAGGAGAUUCUGAUGAAGAAGUUGUUCAAGAUGGAGUCAGAGUGUUCAUCGAAAAGAAAGCACAGCUAACACUUUUAGGAACAGAAAUGGACUAUGUUGAGGACAAAUUAUCCAGUGAGUUUGUGUUCAAUAACCCCAACAUCAAAGGAACAUGUGGCUGUGGAGAAAGCUUUAAUAUUUGACUCCUCAGGACUACUCUGGCUGUAAGCUCCAGGAAAGCUGUGGAAGAAAUCGUGACUGUCACAUGCUUAAGGUUGACAAUGCAUGGCUGCCUUAGGAGGAAAAUAAGCAUUUUGAAAAUGAAGCCAGUGUGUUAGAUUUCAGAAGUGAUAUUUGUCUUCUUUUUAGGGGACAAUAUGAGAAGCCAUCACUCUCUUUGGGUCAUUUUUCUGAUCUGUAAAGAAAAAUAAAUCCUGCCCUGUACUUAAUUCUCUUGCAUCCUUUCUGUUAGAACCAGUUUUACAGAAGGUGCCGGCCUGGGAGGAUUUCGGGAAACACAUUCUUAGUCGGUGUGCACACUGUAUCUCUGUUGAAUGGCUUGAAUGUGCAUCUCUAGGCCAGAUUGAUGGUUCUUAAAAUUCAGAGGCAGAAAGUCCUGACUGCUAGUUGACAUGGCGAUGCAUUGUUUUUCUACCCAAACUUGGCUCAGCCUUUCUACAUUUGUAUCCAAAAUUUCAUUGACAGAUGCCUCAUUUCCUUACCCUUUAGCAGCAUCAGCCAUCAAAUGAAAGUGUCAAAGAUUUCCUUGAAAUACAGUGCAGAAUGGUUUUGAGUGAUGGCAUCAAAGGUAAGAAAUACUUCACCCACCAUUUUUCAUCCAUUUUCUUUGCCACUCUAAACAUCUGCUGAAGAUGGAAUCUCAAGCUUAGAUUCUUUUAUUUGAAAGGUCUCCUACAAGCCAUCUAGCCCCUCCCCAUCAAUUCUGUACAUUAGGAAGCAAAACCCCAGGGAAGGAGGAGGGCUUGUGCCCACCUGCACAGACAGAGCGGGGACUACUCACAUCUCCCCUUCCAUUCAGGUGACAGGCCAGCCCGGAGCACCAAGGCAGGCAGCGAAGGUAAAUGGGCGAUCUGACUUCUCUAGCUGGUUGACGUUUCGAUAAGAUUUCUGUGUAAAUUGAUGGAGAUCAUAUUUUUAUUUUGAGUGAGAAGAAUCUUAUUUGUUAACUCCUUUAUGUGAAUGACCACGUUGCUUUUGAAGUAUGAAGCAGUGGUUUAUACCUGCAGGGAAGACGUGGUAACCCAGCGCACCCUUUUGGAAUGUAGUAGUGAGUGUAGCAGAGCACAGGGGUCUUCUCCUGAAAUUCCCAGGAUGCAUAUACUUUCUGGAUCCUAAGUCCAAGUGCUAAAAUUUUUAAAUCUUAAUAUUUUAACCCAACAUUUUGAUCACCAAUUUUUCUUUUUAACAGUGUUCCUUUUGUAAUUUAAUUCUUAAUUUUCCUGAGCUUGACAUAUUAUUUUAUGAGAUGCCAUAUGCUUGAAAGCCAAGUCUUAUGAAUUGAAGUAGCUGAGUUCCUUCAUGUUUGUCGUAUUUACUAAAGUACCUGUCACAAAUUGCACCAAAACCUAGAGCAGUUGCUUUAUGCUCAUGAGUUUGUAUUAAUAUAAUUGUCAACCCACUUAUAAUUUGUGCAAUACUGAAUGUAUGUAGUGAUUUGAGUUGUCAAUUAAAAAAUGUGGCCUCUUUGUGAUCAUGAAA